AGGUUUCCAAACUCCGCCAUACCAAAAGGGAGGAGAGGAAUAAGAAGCUGCAUCUGUGUGUUUAUCUUUUUUAUUAAUAUUAUUAUUAUUUUUUUUUAUACAUGUAGAGAUACAUAUAUUUCAUCCACAGUUGCAACACCUUGUGUCAUUUUCAAGGGGUCCACUUUUCUAAAUUAUUUUAUUUUUUACGACAAAAACAAAAAAAAACAAAAAAAGGAAAAGAAAGACGGACCGCUGAUGUCUCCUGCUGCCGCCGCGGAGCACAGGGAGAGUGUGUGAGCGCGUGUGCAUGGUGCGUGUGUUUGUCUUUUCCCCGAGAGGAGAGGAAGAAGUGAUGGAAGAGCUCACCGCUUUCGUGUCCAAGUCUUUCGACCAGAAAGUGAAGGAGAAGAAGGAGGUGAUCACCUACAGGGAGGUGCUGGAGACCGGCGCGGCGCGCGCGGGGAGCAGGGAGCCUUUAUCAGCGGAGCCGGGGAGCAGGGAGGAGGCGGCCGCGCUCACCCGGAGCGUGGCGCUCUCUCCGGGCAGGGAGACGGACAUGCUCGGCCCGGAGAGGAUCAGGGACUCCGGGAGCCCCAAACUCGUUGACGGCACCACGGAUGUGAAAGACAGGAAAGAGGACUCGAAGCCCAUCGAGGACGAGACGCAAACGAAGAUCAAGCAGAGGAGGAGUCGGACUAACUUCACGUUAGAGCAGCUCAACGAGCUGGAGCGGCUGUUCGACGAGACGCACUACCCGGACGCCUUCAUGCGCGAGGAGCUGAGCCAGCGGCUGGGACUGUCCGAGGCCCGAGUCCAGGUUUGGUUCCAGAACAGAAGAGCCAAAUGCAGAAAGCAGGAAAACCAGCUACAUAAAGGGGUCCUGAUUGGAGCAGCAAAUCAGUUUGAAGCUUGUCGAGUCGCGCCAUAUGUCAAUGUGGGGGCUUUACGGAUGCCAUUCCAACAGGAUAGUCACUGCAACGUGCCGCCCUUCUCCUUUCAGGUGCAGGCGCAGCUGCAGCUGGACAGCGCCGUGGCUCACGCGCAGCACCACCUGCACUCUCACCUGGCCGCGCAUGCGCCCUACAUGAUGUUCCCGGCGCCGCCGUUCGGGUUGCCCCUGGCGACGCUCGCGGCCGAGUCGGCUUCGGCCGCGUCGGUGGUGGCGGCCGCGGCCGCCGCCAAGAACACGAGCAAGAACUCGAGCAUCGCCGACCUGAGACUGAAGGCCAAGAAGCACACGGCCGCGCUGGGACUGUGACGAGACGGACUCUGGUCGUGGGGGAGACACGGGACAGCAGGACGUCAUUUACGUUUUCUGAAAGGAGGAGCGCGCGCUUUAAUAGAACAUAUAGGCUAUUUAUGAGACGGGACAAGAAGAGACGUGUAGCCUACAGAAACGUGAUGUUUGGACGCCCAUGUGGACUUGGUGGACAGCAAGAAUCCCCCCCCCCCCCCCAUCUCUCACACACUCCCUGAGGAGGAGGACGCAGCUGGGUCGGUCAACUUUGUCAAACAAGGCGAACCAUUCUGCAUUUUAUUUCCUGUUUAAAUAUUAAAUAUCCUCGUUGUUCUGAUUCUUUAAAGAGGCUGGCCUCACAAU